AUGUUUCUUAUAUUAUUUGCACAAGCAUUUUCCGAAAUUCAAGUGAUCAGUGGAUGCACAGAAGAGAAUACGUUUUCCAAUGAUGGUUUUUUAUAUUCAAGGACUUAUACUGUAAAUGCAAAUGAAGUAAGAUGUGCUAAAGGUUCCUAUUUUAUUAAAGCAAAUCAAGAUUUUAUUGUUACAUAUAAAUUUAUUGAUGAAAAUCUCGGCAUAGAAACAUCAGAAGAAACAAUUGAGAACUCUUACCUCAUUGUGUCGAGUACAAAAUGGCCAUAUUUCAAGAUAGCAGCAAAAGAUUCAAGUCAACAACUCAAAGUUACAUUAACUUAUGUUACUGGCUCAACAUCAGAUGGAAAUAAUUAUACUUGGGGAAUUUUCUCGACAUUUAAUUCAUUUGUCAGGGUAUUCCAUAUUGGACCGACACAGUGUAUUAAUUUUUACUCAGUUAAUCAGAAUCUUACUUAUUACACAGUGAUUUUUGGUGAUUCUAGAGGGGAAACUAGAGGAUCUGGAGGUCCAUCUACUAGAAGUGGAACAAUUUAUCAUUACGAAUUGAUGAAUAAUUUCCAAGAUACUAAUAUUAUUUUCAAAUGUGAAAUUGACCCUGUUUACCAACCAGAUGUUGAUAAAGAACUGCUAUACGAUGAAAAAAUUACUUACAUUCUGCCAAAUAAUGGUGUGUUUAUGCUUGAUGAUUUAAUUCAAUACACAAACCAAAACAAAGAAAGAGUUUUUAUAGACUUGCCAAGUGAAUUUGCAGUUUGCAAAGAAUUUUUUGCUCCUUCAAGCUUACAUCCUAAAAGUCAAUUUUUAGAUGUCAAAGAAGGAGGCGGUAAUUGUACAGCUGGCAAUUUUAUAUAUAAAAGCUUUGAUUCAUUUACAGUCUCUGUAUUUAAUCACUCAGCUAAUAAUGAUUUCAAGACAUAUGACAAUCCCUUUAGUGUGGUAAGUGGAGAUAUUUAUAAUGUAAUUAAAUGUUCUUCUCCUUAUAAAUGUUCAAUUCAAAUAAUUCCAAUUCCUGAACCUAUUUAUGGAAAUAAUCAUGUUAAUCGAACAUUUUUCACAACAAUGUCUGAUCUCACAUUUAAGCAAAAAAUUAUCACAAUGAACGAUAAAAAUGACUCUUUCAUAUUUAUUGCACACAAUACUUCCGACAUUGUUUUAAAUGUAAAAGGGAAAAAUUUUCGAACUAAUAUUUACAAGAAAAACGGUGCUUUCACUACAGAUCCAUCCGCCAAUAAUGAUCAAACAAUACUUGUAAUUCCUUAUAUACUUGACAAUAGCAAAGAUCAAGAGAUAACAUUAACAAUAACGAUUAAAAAAGCUACAUCUAACUACAAUUUAGACAAAACUUAUUUUCGAGAUAGUGUAUUCUAUGAGAUUGCAGGUGGUGUGCAAUCAGAAGAUGAAUUAAAAAGAAACAAACCUGAAAUAGAUAGUGGCGGUCUAUCAGGUGGUGCAAUCGCAGGAAUAGUAAUUGCUAUUAUUCUGGUUGUUGCAAUUGUAUCCGUUCUAGUAUGGUUUUUCAUCUUUAGAAAGAAAUCAGAAAAGAAUGGCACAGAAGCAGGGGAUAACAUCUAA